AUGACAGAAAUUGGCUGUUGCAAGAUUCCUCUUCAAGUGGCCUCCGUUGGAAGGCCAGAAAAACCAUUCCAUGAGAGUAGCGACAGGUCUAAACGUCGAAAAACCGCGACAUUGGCAAAUAUGGCAUCACCUGAAGAAUUGGCAAUUGCAGCACAAGUAAAACUUCGACAAGAGGGAACGUUUGAUGCUGCCAACCCAUUGAAAGACGUCGUUGAAGCAUCACCAGCCAGUCUCAAAGAAAUGAAAACAGCCUAUGGACAGGCCAAAAGGAAACAGGAAGUCAAACCAUGCACACCCGAUGAAGCUCUUGCCCUGUAUAUAGAGGCAGAUUUGUUAAGGUCCAGCUGUGAAAUGGUACGAAAGGAAGCUAGGGUCCGGAAUGCAGACAUUUAUACUUGGUAUGUAGUCCUCCUUGCAGCCAAGAAAUGCUGUUACCCAUAUGGAGUGAAGGUGACCGAAGUAGGGGAAGAGAUUCCAUUGCAAGAACUGUUGAAUGACACUCCUAGGACUAGAGAUCUUGCGAUUUCGGUGAACAACCUUUCCCAAGUGUACGGAAAUGUCCAGCUCCCUUCCUCUAGGACCAAAAUCACUUUCCAAGGGAAGGUGAAAGUGAAGUGGCAUAGCUUCACAGUUCCUCUCUUACUGGCUGUUGACAGGGCACUGGCUGGAUUACCACCUCUAAGCCCAGAAAAGCUGAAGACGGUGGAGAAGGACAGACUCUUGAAGAGAUUUGAAAAACUGGAGAAGAAGGAGAAAUGUGUCCUAAUGGCGAAUUUCGACAAACUGGAGGACUUCGAGAAAUUUGUGAUCCUGAAUCGUUUA